GCCCUGCUGUCCCACGGUGCACCGCGGCUCCCCCGGUCCUUAGCCGGGCUGUCCGCGCCGACUGCCUGCCUGGAGUUUCCUCCGCAUCUGUAGCCAUGAGCAGCAAGUGGAUUAUCUACACGGGGCUGGUCGCGGGGGCGAUGGGCACGGCCGUCGGCUUGUGGAUGGUGACCGCCCCCGGAGAGAACCGCAGGAGAGAGAUCUUGAAGAACCUGCCGGAGUCGAACCCCGUGAGGCUGCAGGAGACGCGGCGGAGGAACGCGCUGGAGCUGCAGGUGCUGAAGGAGGCCGCGGAGACCAACGACAACGUCGCGCGGCGGUUCGGAAAGUAGGACGCCGCCCCGCCCCCCCAGUUCCUCCCGCGGCCAGGCGGGGGGGCGGCCGGGAGCGUCCGCCGGCUGGUCAGGGAUACAGGACGGGUGCCUGGCCGACGCCGAGGAGGGGGCACCGUGAUAAAGCAACGAAGAACCGCAGUUCUCAAUCUCCUCUCCUCUGUUGUUCCCCCAUUCCUCGUUUCCCUCUCUCCCCUUCUCCUCUGCUUUCCUCCCUCCAUCUCUCCCCCCCCUGCCUCCAUCACCCUCUCCGUCUCUCCCUUUAACUCUCUCCUCCCUCCAUCUCUAGCACUGGCUGAGAACAGAUACUGGCUCCUGUUCGGGGAGCUCCGGUUUCCCAGUUUCCAUUCCAGCCCGGACUGGUACCGACCUCUUUUGAAGCAGCACCGGGUCUCUGUCCCCGCUGUCCCCACUGCCUGUGCUCAGGGCUGUGGGUCACCUGUACAACCCUGGAGUGAAGGUCACUGGACUGCAGGGUGCCCAAGUCCUCUCCCAGGACAGCUGCAGACUCGCCCGGUGUCUCAGCAGGACAGCUCCCAGUUCGGUAAACCAGUUAAGGACUGAAUUGGUUCUGUUGAAAGUGACCUUUAGCCCCAGACAGUGCUGACUACGUAAACCCACGGAUAGCAAAUUCAUUUUUUUCCAGUUUUGCUUCUCAACCUCCAGCGCUGCUGGAUCUCUCCUCUGGGUACCCUGUCCUGAAAAGAUCCAGCAUCUCUGUGCUGUGUACUGGCUCUGUAAAUAUCGGAUGUAUUUUGUCAUUUGCAAACAUCGCAUUUGUUUCUGAUGUCUGUAAAUCUGAACUGCCUUUACGCAGUAAAUUAGGAAUAAAUAAUAAAUGAUGAC